UAAGACCAAAGCAUGCUUUGCGCUUAGAAAUUGAGUAAGAGAGAGAAAGAAGAUAGAGAGAGUGACAGUAAACUCAUCGUGGAGAGAGAGAGUUUGGUGAAAAUUGUUAAUGGCGAGUUGGUCGAAGAGGGUCUGAAUUGAAGAGUAGGAGAGUUUGAAGAAUAUAAGGCAUUGGACUCUGUUUUAAUACAGCUAAAACAAGAACGAAGCACAACUUAUUCAUCUUCUUCUUCGAUUGGUCUAAGCCACUUUUGUUUUUGUCUUUCGAAAGCUUCAAAAACCAGUCUUGAAGUUUAGUUUUGUUCCUUCUAGUUGGCUCUGUUUAUUGCUUCGUUUUGCUCCAAGAGUAUCAUAAAGGAAAGAUUAUUGAAGCAGCAGAUAUACAUAGAAAUGGAGUGGCCUGCUUUUUUGGAUGAGUAUGAAAAGCUCGUUUUCCGCAUGAACACUCCCAGGGUCGUGAUCGACAAUGCCGUUUGCUCCACUGCAACUCUAGUCAAGGUUGAUAGUGCUAGAAGACAUGGAAUUUUACUUGAAGCUGUUCAGGUUCUCACGGAUCUGAACCUUUCCAUUAAAAAAGCUUACAUUUCUUCAGAUGGAAGAUGGUUCAUGGAUGUUUUUCAUGUGACUGAUCAAAAUGGAGAUAAAUUAACAGAUGAGAAUGUUAUUAGUAUCAUUGAAAAGUCUCUUGUUACCAUUCACUACCAAAAAUCCAACGAAAUCAACGGAUUAACGGCCUUAGAGCUAACUGGAACAGACAGAGUUGGAUUGCUCUCUGAGGUUUUUGCUGUUCUAGCUGAUCUUCAUUGCAAUGUGGUGGAUGCCAAGGUGUGGACACACAACGGUAGAAUUGCUUCCCUUAUCUACCUAAAAGACUGCGAUUCAGGUUGCCAAAUUGAGGACUCACAGAAAAUAGACAGAAUCGAAGCCUUGUUAAGGAAUGUUCUUAAAGGUGACAACGACAUUAGAAGCGCCAAAACCUCGGUUUCCAUGGCUGUCACGCAUACGGAGAGAAGGCUACAUCAGAUGAUGUUCGCAGAUCGCGAUUACGAGAGAAAGCCCAUCUUGCAGUUUUCAGAGGAUUCUCCUGUGGUGACAGUACAAAACUGGACAGAAAGAGGUUACUCGGUUGUUAAUAUCCAGUGCAAAGAUAGAACCAAGCUUUUGUUUGAUGUAGUUUGCACGUUAACAGAUAUGGAUUAUGUGGUUUUCCACGCCACUAUUAACACAUCCAGAGAUAGAGCUUCCUUGGAAUUUUAUAUAAAACAUAAAGAUGGAUCCCCAAUAAGCUCAGAACCCGAAAGACAACGAGUGAUACAAUGUUUACAAGCAGCUAUUCAAAGAAGGGCCUCAGAGGGUGUGAGGCUAGAACUAUGCACUGGGGAUAGACAGAAUCUAUUAGCGGAUGUGACAAGGACAUUCAGGGAGAAUGGCCUAAACGUAACAAGGGCUGAGAUAUCAACCUCUGGUGAAACAGCUCGUAAUGUUUUUUAUGUUACAGACGCGGUUGGGAACUUGGCGGAUCCGAAAACCAUCGAAUCAGUCCGGGGGAAAAUAGGGAUGAGUGACUUGAAAGUGAAGGAAUUGCCAUUGUUGUAUCAAACCAACAAGACUGAAAGUGAAGAGGAGGCAGUUGGGGUUGGUGGGGCAGUGUUGUUGUCACUUGGGAGCUUAGUGAGGAGGAAUCUAUACAAUUUGGGAUUGAUCAGAUCAUAUUCUUAAGCAACAAAAGAGUUAUUAGACACACACACACAUACGCAUAGAAGACUUGUCCCACUCUAAUGGCAUAUGUUAUACAUAUAAUAUAGAUAUAUUCUUUGCUUGAUGUUUGGGCUUUGUGUACAUAGAAAAGUGAAAAAGUUCCUAAAGGAAAAGGUGGAAUUUGGUAAUAGUAUAAGAAGACGAAGGUGUUUAUGGUUGGGAUUGGUUGGUAGAAAUUGAUAGGCACCAUUUUAAAUGCUUUUGUUUGAAUUAGGCAGAGGGAAAAGAAAGAAGGGAAGUGUUGGUGGGGCAGAGAAAGCAGUGUUUGAUAAUAUAUAUAUAUUUUCUUGCUGGUUUAUUUGUUGGCAUAUGCAGAGAAGAAGAUUAGGUAUUAUUAGGGUUUAUACAGCAAAUUUCACCACACGUUUGUACAUAUAAAGUUGUCAAGGAUUAGUUCUAAUGGUUGACCUGAGAUUUGUUUAUUAUUUCAUUUAUAAAUAUAUAUUAAUAUCUUUAUA